CCGUCAGAAUUGGCGGGUCGCAAAGGCUCUGUGUACCUUUUGUCUGAGUGACUAACGUUACGGAGACUAGAUCUACAGAAAUUGUGCAAAUCAUUUCAGACUUCUUGUUGCACUGUUAAACGAACUAUUUGAACACUCGUUUGGGUGUUGCUGCGUCGUUAUUUUAUUAAUCUAAAGCUCUUUUGACGUUGACAAGGAACCGGAAGGUUCCGCAGAAUCCACUCGACGAACAUGAGCCAACCAACAGACACCACCAGUGCCCCCCCAGAACCCCCUCAAACAGACAAGCUGGCGGCCAUCGGAGGCAAGAAACAGAGCAAGAAGAAGGUGGAGGAGGUGGUGGAGGAGGAAGAGGACGAAUAUGUGGUGGAGAAAGUUCUGGACAGACGGGUGGUGAAGGGCAGGGUUGAGUACUUGCUCAAAUGGAAGGGCUUCACAAAUGAGGACAACACAUGGGAGCCUGAAGAUAACCUCGACUGCCCAGAUCUGAUAGCAGAGUACUUACAGUCACAUAAAAAAGCUGGAGAUGGGGAUAAAAAAGAUGGCAAAAGGAAAGCAGGCGAAUCGGACAACGAGGCAGGCAGUGAAGACAGACCCAAGAAGAGAAAAGAUGAGCAGGAGAAGCCCAGGGGUUUUGCCCGGGGCUUGGAUCCUGAGCGCAUUAUUGGAGCCACAGAUUCUAGUGGAGAACUGAUGUUCCUUAUGAAGUGGAAAAAUUCGGAUGAGGCAGAUCUUGUGCCAGCAAAGGAAGCCAACGUGAAGUGCCCGCAAGUCGUCAUUUCUUUCUAUGAGGAACGGCUAACGUGGCACUCGUACCCCACUGAGGAGGAAGAGAAGAAAGAUGACAAGAACUAACCAACAGGCAAAAGUGAGGUUGCAGGUCAGAAAGGUUGGGGUGGGGAAAAAAGAGGGUGGGUGGUAUUGGGGUCAAGAUGGCAGUUAUAACAAGAAGUGUGAAGUCCGGGCAGAAACUUGUUUGCUCUUUUUAGCUUUCUUGCCAUAAAACUUGGACACUUAAUACUGUGGAGAACACACAACCGUGCAGAGUCAUCGGGCGGAGUCAUCUGCAGAAUUUUCUGAGUGGUGAUGUCUUUAGAGAGAUAAAAUGUAUGUUUGUGUAAUAAUUGCAGAAUCUCUUCUCAUUUAAUGUUUCUUUUUUCUGUUGGAUUAUGGGAACUGUAGUCUGCCAAGGUACCAGAUGAUACUGCAUCAGUUUUUAUGCUGUCAGAGUGAGUGGUCUCAACUAAGUAUUUUUACCUUGAUAUUGCACGCAUUUCCUUUGCUCAUGCAAAGGCCAUUUGAUGUUUAUACAUAAAGAUAAAUAUGUUUUUCUCAGUUUAA